AUGACUUUUGAAAGAAACUCUCCAGCAAGAUGCUACAUGACACCACCGUCUUCUUCUUCAUGGAAGUCGUCAAGACCUUUGCGUUCUCCCACUGUGCCGUUUUCAGAGAGAAAGAAAUCACCUGCUUCUGUUCAUAAAGAUGAUCUUUUUCAUGUCAUUCAUAAGGUUCCUUCUGGGGAUUCUCCUUAUGUUAAGGCCAAACAGAUUCAGUUAGUGGAAAAGGAUCCGGGUAGAGCUAUUUCCCUUUUCUGGGCUGCCAUUAAUGCCGGUGAUCGCGUUGAGAGUGCUUUGAAGGACAUGGCUUUAGUUAUGAAGCAAUUGAACCGGUCCGAUGAGGCAAUCGAAGCAAUCAAGUCUUUCCGCCAUCUCUGCCCUUCUGAUUCUCAGGAAUCUCUUGACAACAUCUUGGUUGAAUUGUAUAAGAGGUCGGGAAGGGUUGAUGAAGAGAUCGGUAUGCUUCAUCACAAGUUGAAGCAAAUUGAAGAGGGUAUGACGUUUGUGGGAAGGUUGACAAAACAAGCAAGGUCUCAAGGGAAGAAAAUUCAAAUAACCGCUGAACAAGAGAUAUCGAGGAUACUAGGGAACUUGGCUUGGGCUUAUUUGCAAAAAGGCGACUAUAAAACUGCUGAAGAACAUUAUAGAAAAGCACUGUCCUUUGAGGUUGAUAGGAACAAACAAUGCAAUUUGGCAAUAUGUUUAAUGCAAAUGAACAAGAUUACAGAAGCAAGGUUUCUACUUCAGGCAGUAACCGCGGCAACGAAAAACAGAAAAAUGGACGAUUCUUUCGUCAAGUCUUUUGAACGCGCUACAGAAAUGCUGCGAGAGAUGGAAUCCGCAUCAUUAGUAGAUCCAGUCAAAGAUAAAGGUGAUAAAUUUAUAGAAACUCAGAGAUUUUCAGGGAGGAAUAAUAUGUCAUCAUCACAAUACUCCACACCGAAUUCGGAGAACUUGAGCGGAAAAAACUCAGAUAAUAUGGUUAAAAGUAGGACAGAGAAUAACUGGUCUUUGACUUCUGAUGCCGAAGAAUCUCGUCAUUCUCAUGCAAGGAGAAGAUUAUACGAGUCUCCCGAUCCGAAGGUUCCUUACGCAAAACCAAAACGAUCAUCUUGGGGUUUCAAAUCAGAUUCUAAACCUUCACCUCUGACUUAUCCUAAUGAGAAGGUACCAAACUCAACACAGAAUCAGUUUUUUCCAGAUACCAAUGCAAGUUGGAGAACAAGGACAUUUGAAGAUGAUACUGCAAUGGUAAAAUAUGGACCUACAACAACAGUAAAGCAAGGAAACACAAUAACCGUAUACGGUUCUGGUACGAUACAUCCUAAGAACACGGAGGCAGCUAUGAAAUUCACAAAGAAUGACGAGAACAACAAAACUGAUGCAAAUCCGCAUGGCAUAGUUGUGAAUGGAGCCAAUGAGUCUGCAGCUUCUGUUGAUAGAACAGACCAACAAGAUCAAGACAAAAAACCAGUUCAGAAGAAGAGUUGGGCAGAUAUGGUAGAAGAAGAUCAACAAACUGAAGAAUACGAAUUCUUCAAUAAUGGCUAUACAAAUUUUGGUGCUGAAAUGUUCAGUAAUGAAAAUGAAGACUCAAACAUAGUCUAUCAACAUGAAAAAAAUCUUGAGUUAUUGAACUUGAAGAAUGGAUAUAAUGCUGCACCUGCGAUAGAUCGUCCUUUAUCGAGGAUUCCAACGGUUAGACGUUCGUUGUUUACGAAUCCGGGUGAAAGGGAUUUAUUCUCUGGAGAAGAUAAGCUAACAAGGAGAGUCAGGUUGCAGGUUUUUCAGGAUAUUACUUCCUCAUCCUGA